UUUUUCAUCAGUUUAAACUGAGGUCAUUCCGUCUGGAAACAACGAGAGGAAACGAAUAAAUCGAGUUCAUGGAGAUUACCGGGACGCUGGAACUAUCUCUGAGAGUUUAAAAUCCAUAUAUCCGUUGAAGAGGUCUUUUAAUCAGGGCUCUAGCAAAAUGAGACUUCGCUCGAGAAAUAUUUUAAAUGAAAACCCGACGACACCGUCCCGUCGCCGUCGAGCCGCUCCGGACACACCGGGACCGCAGACCCCUCUAGUCCAGACCCAGAAUGAAGUUAAGGUUCUUCAAGACCGCCUGAAUCUGGACCCUGAUGACGUCCCAACAGUGGCCAAACGUCCACGAAGAAGGAGGAAAGCUUUAUCAACUGUUGAGAAUAAAGAGUCGGAUUUCAAGACCCCAGUCCGUCACCUCCGGGAAAGACAUUCCUCAUUGAAUCCUGCUGCUCGAAGCCUCUACUCUCCUGCAGUGCACUUUCUCACACCCCCACGAGACAAUGAACAGCCAAACACAGGACCCAUGUUCAGUCCUGAACACUGUGUGUUUGGAUACAGUGCUGCCAGCCCUCUUUCAGAGGAUGAAGAGAAUGAAGAAGUGUUUAGCCCUUUCACAUUUAUUAAGAACAUUCCCAAUCGUUCACAACAGUCCAGGCCUGUCUCAGCAGCCCGGGACAUUCCGCCAAAGACAAGGAGCACACCUGCUGCUACCCUGGUGCUUGACUUGGAUGAAACCCUCGUGUUCAGUUCACUCAAUGUGAUUCAUGAUGCAGAAUACACCUUUAAUACCCGCUUUCAAGAUCACAAGUACAAGGUCUAUGUGAUCCUCAGACCAUACGUCAAAGAGUUUCUACAAGCCAUGACCAAGCAUUUUGAGAUGUUUGUUUACACCUCUGCGAAAAAGGAAUAUGCAGAAAAGAUUGUAGAUAUAUUGGACCCUAAUAAAAAGCUCUUUAGGCAUCGUUUGUAUCAGGACGAUUGCGCCUGUGUGCUCGGACACUACAUUAAAGACUUGACUAUUCUAGAGAGAGACCUGUCAAAGACGGUCAUCUUGGACAACGCCCCUCACACCUUCCCAUAUCACCUGAUGAACAUGAUUCCCAUCAAGAGCUGGAUCGGAGAUCAAGAGGACCGCGAGCUGCAAAAGCUCAUUCCGUACAUGGAGAAACUAGUGCAUGCAGAUGACAUCAGAAACGUUUUAAAGAAGAGAACCGAUCACUUCCACAGGCUGCUUUCUGAAGACUGAACCCUGGAUUAAGUAAAUAAAUGUAAAUGCAGUGAAAUUCCCAAGCUUUGUAUUACACACAAGGCCAAAUGUGGAGUAUGAUUUUAUACUCUGGUAUAAUAAAAGUGUUUAUUUGAUAGAGAAUAGUCUUAACCGCUCUCCUUUAAUCAUCCCGGUCAGCUGGUCAUCUGACCCAUUUUGAAGAAUAGGACUAGAAUGUUGCCUUUAAUUUAUUGAAAAACCUUGAGAUAUUUGUCCAGGUUUGUCCAGGAAGAGUGUUUUCACACUUAAAACUGUUACAUUAAUUUCAAUAUGUGAUGUACUUGAAAUCUAUUUUUAAAGGAUACAAAUUUUCAAUAACCAAUAAAGAAAGAUUUUUUGGGGGGGAAGGGGGGUGUUUGGUCUGUUUCUGACAUCAGUGCCACCUUAAUUGUGUGGUUUGCUAAGAAAAGGUGUGCUUUUACUUUUCAGAAAGUCUUCAUGAUGUCAUUUCAUUAAAUUUCGCAUGCACUACAAAAAAUCUU